AUGCAGGGUCGUGGAUGGGGAAUUAGUCCCUAUAUACAAAAGGUUCUUUAUCUCACCGUUAUCGAGAGAAUGGUCACCUAUGCGGCUGCUAUAUGGGCUGAACCCAUGCAGGGUCGCAAAGUGCGCCACUUGCAAAGUCUCCAGCGUCAAUUUGCCUUACAGAUAACUAGGGCGUUUCGUACUACCUCAUCCAGUGCAUUAAAUGUCAUGGCGGGACUGAUCCCUCUUCAUCUACUCCUUCAAGGAACAGGACUUCGGAUUUUCCUUAAGGACGUAACACUGCCACCUAUCCCAAGCAUUCAAUAUUACACUGAUGGAUCUAAAAUAGAUCAACAGACAGGCUGUGCCCUUGUAGCCUUUCAUAAUGGUCAGUCAAUUUAUCAGUGGCUGGGUCAUCUCCAUGGAAAUAAUAGUGUAUUUCAAGCGGAGGCCCUAGCCAUCCUCAAAGCAGUUCAACACUGUAAAACAAGUGGUGCUAUGGAGGCAAUAAUUAUCACUGAUAGUCUUUCGUCGCUUCAAGCGAUUCAAAACCCCAGACAUUCUUCUUCGCUUAUCUCGGACAUCCAAUGUGAACUUCGUAAUCAAGUGGGAAAUAACAUCACGCUAGCUUGGACUAAGGGCCAUGCUGGGGAUCACGGUAAUACUUUGGCAGAUAAGUUAGCCAAAUCAGCUGCCGAAAAUACCGAUGCCGAGGCUGAAGAAGUGAUUCUUAAGUGGCCAACAUCUCACUUAAAACGAGCUCUUCUUUUAAAAGUUAUAUCCCAAUGGCAACUAGAAUGGGAUACUGAUGAAACCGGUCGACGAACGUACAAUCAUAUUACGUAUGUGGAUCAAUGUCGUCAGAUAACAAAUCAUCAACUAGUAAGAUAUAUCUCGGGGCAUGGUCCAUUUCCAAGCUACUUUUACAAGCAUGGAAUUGCAAAUAGUGAAUAUUGUGUCUGCGGAACUCUAGGCAUACCUGAACAUUAUAUUACUACAUGCCCGUUAACGGAGGAAUUUCACAUUCCUUUCCCUGUGGAUAAUCAACUAGCAUUUAGGGAUGGAUUAAUUAUUAAACAAUAUAAUCACGUGUUGACAGAGGAUACCAAGGAUAUGGACGCUCUUUACAAUGAUUCAAAAGUUAAGGAAAAUAAUCGUUCAGCGAAAGAUAAUGUUGCAUUUUCUACAAGUCGGAAGGAACUUGUUUGCUUUCACUGUAAAAAGAAAAGAUAUACUACAGUGUCAGAAGUGUCUGGAAUGUGGGAAGAAGAUACUGUGCCUUGA